ACCCUAUUUGUGUAAUCAUGUUUAAGAUAGCAACUUUAAUCUUACUGAUGAUUAAAAUCGCAUGUAUCAUUUCACAGAACUGUUCUACCAGGGUUUACAAUACCGCUAGAACAGGUGGACUGUCUUUACCUCCAGAUGAAAAGUUAUCAAAUCAUACCGUCAACUCAAGGUUUGUCUCGAUAGAAUGUCUCGAGCUCUGCCAAAAGGAACCGGGUUGUGUUGGAUUCAACUACAGAGACAAGAUGAAUGUUGUGAACUGUCAACUAACCAACGUCACAGGAAAGAGAAAUCACACCGCAAUGACAGGAGAAUGGACACUAAUGCUCGAUGAGGCAAAGAAUGAUAAGGAAGGACAGGGAAAUGAAGAUUCAGCUACCGGCUCCAGUUGUGCAGAUCUGUAUAACAAAGGAGUGAGAACAGAUGGUGUUUAUACCAUCGAUCCUGAUGGCCUGGGAUCGUUCCAAGUCAGUUGUGAUAUGAGCACAGACAGGGGAGGCUGGACCGUGUUCCAAAGAAGACAAGAUGGAAGCCAAGAUUUCUACCUUGGAUGGUCAGACUAUAAAGCAGGCUUUGGUGAUCUCAGCGGCGAGUUCUGGUUGGGCCUUGAUAAAAUACAUCGUUUGUGGAAAUCUGGUCAAAAUGUUCUAAGAGUUGAUUUGAUGGAUUUCAAUGGCGCUGAGGCUUAUGCUAAAUAUGGAACAUUUAGUGUGGCUGAUGAAUCAGACAAAUACAGAUUGAAUAUUGGCAGUUAUUCAGGUGACGCAGGUGAUUCUCUUGCUUUUCACAAUACAAUGCAGUUCACAACCAAGGAUAAGGACAAUGAUGUUAGUUCUGAUAAUUGUGCUAAAACGUGGAAAGGAGCUUGGUGGUACAAGAACUGUCAUUCUUGCAAUCUCAAUGGCCUGUACCUGGGUGCGGGUCAGACUAACGCCGCCGGAAUAAAAUGGCACAAGUGGAAAAAUCUUUCAAUGAAAAAGGCGGAAUUAAAAAUUCGUCCAAACCACUUUUAAGAUGAUAUACAUGUAACCAAUGAGAAACGAACAUUCACUUGCUGUUCUC